AUGGUGAAAGAUAUCGAAGAUGAGAUCAGAGAAGAGAAGAACCCUCGCCCGCUUGACGAAGAUGACAUCGCUCUCCUCAAGACUUACGGUUUAGGGCCUUACUCUGCUCCAAUAAAGAAAGUAGAAAAGGAAAUCAAGGAGCUCGCGAAGAGGAUCAACGAUCUCUGUGGUAUCAAGGAGUCUGAUACUGGUUUAGCUCCUCCAAGUCAAUGGGAUCUCGUCUCUGAUAAGCAGAUGAUGCAAGAGGAACAACCUCUGCAGGUUGCGAGAUGCACAAAGAUCAUUAGUCCCAACACUGAGGAUGCUAAGUACGUCAUUAAUGUCAAACAGAUUGCUAAGUUUGUGGUUGGUCUUGGCGAUAAAGUUUCUCCCACUGAUAUUGAAGAAGGCAUGCGAGUAGGAGUUGAUAGGAACAAAUAUCAGAUACAGAUCCCUCUGCCUCCUAAAAUCGAUCCUAGUGUCACCAUGAUGACUGUAGAAGAGAAACCUGAUGUAACUUACAAUGACGUUGGUGGCUGCAAGGAGCAGAUUGAGAAGAUGCGAGAGGUUGUUGAAUUGCCUAUGCUUCAUCCGGAGAAAUUCGUGAAGCUUGGUAUUGAUCCUCCCAAGGGUGUGCUCUGCUACGGUCCUCCUGGUACCGGGAAAACUCUUCUGGCUAGAGCUGUGGCCAACAGGACCGAUGCUUGCUUUAUUAGAGUUAUUGGCAGUGAGCUCGUUCAGAAGUACGUUGGUGAAGGAGCUAGGAUGGUUCGUGAACUGUUUCAGAUGGCAAGGUCCAAGAAAGCUUGCAUUGUCUUCUUUGACGAAGUUGAUGCCAUUGGUGGUGCACGGUUUGACGACGGUGUUGGUGGUGAUAACGAAGUGCAGCGUACUAUGCUUGAGAUUGUGAAUCAGCUUGAUGGGUUUGACGCACGUGGUAACAUCAAGGUUCUUAUGGCUACAAACAGGCCUGAUACGCUGGACCCUGCUCUUCUACGUCCUGGACGUCUUGAUCGUAAGGUUGAGUUUGGUCUUCCUGAUUUGGAGAGCAGAACGCAGAUCUUUAAGAUUCACACACGUACCAUGAACUGCGAAAGAGACAUCCGUUUUGAACUCCUUGCUCGUCUCUGCCCAAACUCGACUGGAGCUGAUAUCAGGAGUGUGUGCACCGAAGCUGGUAUGUAUGCUAUUAGAGCUCGGAGGAAGACUGUGACUGAGAAGGACUUUCUCGAUGCAGUGAACAAGGUCAUCAAAGGUUACCAGAAGUUUAGUGCUACUCCCAAAUACAUGGUCUACAAUUAG